AUGGCAGAUCCACUGACGGGAGGGCCCGAGCCUCAACACCCAAGAAACCAUCACCAGCUUCACCGAAGAUCUCCAAGCCAGAACGGCCAUCGACCCAGCCAAUUACCGACCGAGAACCGUAAGCGAACUCGAAUCGGCGAUGCCUUCGCACCAUCGGAUCCUGCCGGUCGAAUCACCGCCAAGGUGUGGAAACAAUUACGAUCAACUCCGCUAUAA